GCGUGCUAGCCAACGGGUGGGACUACAAUGGAGUCCGCAAAGAACACAUCCACAAGCGCUGGACCAUCUUCCCCCGGGGAGGGACGACCUGUACAGCAACCUGCUCCUCAGUAUAUGCACACAAAGGGAGCACCAUGGUUUUUGGAUUUCGUUGUUUAGGGGGACCUUUUUGGGCCAGCUGUUUUCAUGCGACCCACUUGCGUUACAGACGCUGGGGGAGCGGUCAAUGUUCUUCCUCUCGGUACCGUCAUCUCGUGCGCGAAGAUUCCUGGAGGUUUGCUCAAGCUGCACACUAAUGGCGUGUACGACGAGUGCAGACUGCCUAUCAGAGGUGUUAAAGGUGUGCUGGUGACCAUCAAGAGUUUCGCGGGGUACGGCUCGAACAUGCCGUUGUGCUCUCACUCCAAAGGCCUUUACGAUGGCGGCAGCAAGCGUCUUCCAUCGCCAGAGCAAUAUCUCGAUCUCGCGGUGAUGGUGCCGAAAGAACGUCCGGUUCUUCCGCCAGAGCAUGUUUCCCGGCUUCUGCCACCCCGUGAGGGGUCGUCCGGCUUGGCUCAAGAAACUCCAGAUACGGCAGUGGGGCGCGGGAGUCCGAUUCAAGACGCUGGGGGUCGGGUCAAGGGACGCAGCGUUCACACGCAGACUCCUUCGGAGAAGAAGAGCGAGCGACAGAGGAUGGUGAGAGAGGAGGUGGCGGAAGAAACCCUCCGCAUGAAGAGGAUGAGAGGAAAACCGGAGACGUUGAUGGACGGGGAUGGAGGUGGCGACGGAGAAUGUGCCUCGGGAAAGAAGCCGACGAACGAAGAGGGUGGGACGACAAGUAAAAAAGCGAGGAGGCCAGGCGGUUUGACCAUCCGCGAAGGACAAGCCGCGGGUGGAGGAGAUUCGGCUGAUCCAGGCGCUGCGGCCGCGAGAGAACCUUCGGGGAAAUCGAAACGGAAAGUGGGAGCUGAAGAAGGCGAUGGCCAGAAGAAACCUCGAAGGCGGAAGAGUGCUGAGGCGGCGAGCGGUGGCGAAGGGUCUGUCGGUCAGGAGUGCGACGAAGCGACAGCGUUCUGGCUCGAAUACGAGCGCAACGAUGUUGGUGAAAUCGUGGAGAAGGAGCGCCCCGUCCAACUGUUCAUCGACCCCAGGAAGGUCUGCGACAUCCCGCCUUGGGAAAGAUAUUACAACCACCGCAGUCUAAGUCGCGAAACUGUGGACGGCAUCAAGGAUGCGAUGCUGAGUCACUUCCGCGAGAAGAAGAUCUGGACGAAAAACCCUCUCGUUUUGGCACCCAUCUACAAGUCGGUGUCGCGUAGGCCGGAGCAAGCAGACAGGGUUCACAAAGAUGUCUUCAAGCCAGAGGACAAGGACAAGUACUACUAUUACCCUGUUAACGGACAACACACCGUGGCUGCUGUGAAGGAGUUGGAGGGUGAGCAAAUAUUCGAUUUGUGGAAGAUGCACUCGUGGCCAGCGAGAGUAGUAUGGUUCUCCGACCGAGAUUUCGCGGGUUAUAGGCAGGUCAGUCUCAACGAAAAUACGAGACACAAGAUGUCGAAGCAGCGGUCGCAGAAAGCCGCGUUCUUGGACAUGUGGGAGGCAUGGGAGAACGAAGAAAGGUCGAUGGCCAUUCAAGGGAACCCUUCCGGCAAGGAGGCCGAAAAACAAAAGUUCUUCGAUUUCCAAAAGCUGAUUUUGGGAAAGAGUCCGAACGGAGCUCACUGGACGUUGGCACAAAAAAAUUCGUCGCUCGCUGACAAGGACUAUGUCGCUGCAGUUGGCAAUGCAUUGAGGCAGUGGAUGCCACUCGUGGCGGCCGGUGACGAUGUUUUCCGCAAAGUCAUGGAAUUCUACGCGAAAUGGGCGGAGGGGAACUUGUUGGGCGGCGACGGCAAGACGCCAUUGUCGAGGCCGGGCAAAUACAUGCCAGACAAGUCUUCGGGUCUGCAAGCAAUUUCGGAAAUGGGCUCAAAAGGGGCGGCUGGUGAAACGAAGAUGGGGUGGCUGGUCCGGGUCCCGCCGCCUCCGACCAAAAAGAAAACGCAAGCGGACGACAAGUUUUUCGUGGUCGUGAAGGAGCCAGACAUAUUCUGUUGGCAGUGUCUCGCAGACAUGAUCGAUGUCGAGAAAUUGUCGAUUCUUGACAACAUUCUCACGCUAAGGGGAGUGUUCGUGCAAUCCGCGGGCGACCAUCUGAAGCGUCAGCAUAAACCAGGAAUUAAAGACAUGGUCGCGACGACAAAAGUGGACCGUGUGAUGCUCCGUAUGUUCCACUACAUCUUGUUCCUUGAAACUGAGGCGGACGAACGUGUUUGGCGCUACGAGAGCCCUUUUUUCCGCACCGAGGGGCGGCUUCUGGAGGAGUUCGGGCCGCAGGGCCUAACGAAACAGGUGUGGGUCGAAAUGCGAAAGCAUUUCCAGGGCGCGGUGGAGUACGUGAACACUUGCAAACGUACUCUUCCGCACGAGAAGGAGUCCCUUGACGACGCAAAGAAAUUGUACGAGGACAACAGGUUCCCUAAAUCUUUCGAAAAGUAUGUCCGUUCCAUCUUGCGACGGACGGAAGAAGAAGUUCGAGACACGAUCAGGGUCAGCGGGGAUGUGAGGCACAUCAAAUGGCCCGACCUCAACCGGGUGACCAGCCUUAUUCCUUUCGCUUUUCCGCCUUCCCAAGCUCACAGUCAUGUCACUGCGAUCUGUGAGGUUGUGCGACAUUACGUGUGCAACCUGUACGUCCUCGAUUUGUGUGAUCCCACACUCCUCACAGACUGGCGAGAAGACGAUUUCGCCAACUUGCAAGACCUUCUACAAACACUUUCGCCAACGCACGGGGCACUUGUGAUUUUUUUUCCCUCUCAUUGGGAGCUCAGUUUCUUGAAAGGCAUGCCCAGGCUUAGCGUCCAUCACGUCAGGAUAGAGAAGUGGGUACGUAAUGCACAAAAGCAGUCCACUGUCCGGGAAGGCAAUAUGCUGGUUGAGGAGUGUGACCGCCUGUACGUGAUUUUUAAUGGUGAGAAGCUGGAAGACAACAAAUUCGCAGUCUACCCGGCCAGUAGCCCGACAAAGGUUUCCCGUGCUCAUGGUCCAAGUCCGGCCAAACACACGGUGGCGGACCGCUCGAAAGCUGUCUGUUCGUUGGACCCAUCAGGACAGGCUGUGGCAUGUUUCGACGUGGCGGAAGAGGAAAGGUUCAUUCGUAGGAUGUGGGAGGACGGCGGCGUGACAAAUUCUCUAGGACCUGCUUACGGGAGAUGGAGCGGAAUUCGUCCCGUCGUUGCGUUGGAGAAGGAGGCGAAGAUGAUCGAUUACCUUCACGAGUUCGUGAAGGCACGCGUUGCAGACACUCGCAAUGCUUGCGAGUUUGUCCAGACCACCGGCGAACAAAACUGGGAUCCCAAACGUGACAUGUAUUGGAAAUUGUCGGGGAACAAAACGACGGACGUUUGGGAUUUCCUUUUCGGACCCGGACCGCCUGGUCAGACCGACCUCGAAUACAGUCGACAGAGAAACCUGGUGUUCGCUAUGCUCAAUGGGUACCACGGUGCACCCAGGGAGUCUGUCUCCCACUUCCUGAGAAGGUUGGAGCAUGUUUACUUCACGCUGGCCGAACCGCUCACUCUCGAAAACUACAAGUCACAGUUUGACGAGGAUGACCCUUUCGACGCUGAAGACAUGGAGGAGCUGAGCGACUCCGAAACCUUCGAUUUCGAGUCCAUGCCACUUCCUCGGGUGGUUGGACAGCGGGGAGAGGAGACUCGACACGGGCCGGCUCGUGGAGACGUGAAAUGGCUCCACGCACGAGCGCUGAUGAUCGGGGCGUCCGAAGAGGUUCUGCACAGUCGCUCGGCUAUGGCCAUGACGCGAGAGGGUGUCAUUAAGGGAGGUAAGUGGACGUUCGUGCAAGCUCCCGUUCUUGGCGACGAAGAACCCGCGGUAGAAGCUCGGGUUCAUGGCGAUGAGAAAGGCGGUGAGGUGACUGUCGACAUCCGGACGGAUCCACAGCGGAAAGAUGGUGAUUUUUCGCUUACCUGUUGCAGUGAAGAACAGGGUGGUCGAGCGUCUAUGCUGAGCACCGCUCGGGGAAUGGUGCUUCUUGAAGCCAUAGAGUUGGGUAACGACUCGGCAGCCACCGAGCUGGUUAGCGACUCAGGCGUAACUGAGAUGCAGAACGUCGAAUCCUCCGUGGAAGGCGGUGAGGUGGCCGUCAGCAUCAACAUGGAUCCAGAGCGGAAAGAUCAUGAUUCUCCGUCCACCCGUUGCGGUGCCGAACAGGGUGAUCGAGCAUCUGUCCUCAAUACCGGUCGGGAAAUGGUGCUUCAUGAACCCAUUGACUUGCCAAGCGACUCAGCUGCCACCGAGCUGGUUAGCGACACAACCGUAGCCGAGGUCCAGAAACUCGAAUCGUCCGUGGACGUUGGCGCAGUGGCGCGACAGGAGGGCGAGUUCCCUCAAAGGGCUCCCGAGCACGGUGUGAGGUCGUUAAUGUCCCUGCCCAUGAAGCCUUUAAAAGCCGUGCGUGAGAAACGUCUUUCAGGGAGGUCAUUGGCCGCUUCACCGAAGAAGUCGUCAAGUGUAGGGUUGUUUAAACGGGUCCAGAUGCCUCGCCUUUCCCAGAGAGCUGUCAGGGUUCUGAAGGCUUGUGGAAUAGAUAAGGAGGAAGGUCUGCGGAAACAUUUGGCUGCGUCUAUUGAGAGUGUUACUGCUUUGUCUGACGGGUCUGAUGACGAUGGCAAACGGGGUGUCUUGAAAGACCCGUGUCCUAAGUACAUCGCGAAGGACACAUUCAACAAGCGGGGAUACAACUUUUCUGGGAAAAGGGCAGACAGUUUUUAGUCAUUCCACCCCAGGGUUUGUGCUCACUCCUCACACUUGUUCGUGGGUGUUUGUGCAGCUGGGGCUACAUCAUGUUUUCGCGUUC